UGUGUACGGAACGUUUGUUUUCUAUUGGAGCGAAGACGGACUUAAAAACUGUCGCACUGCAUGAUGGCGCUGCUCAUGGAUACCAGACUUCUGAUGAGAAAACUGAAAGAUUUAAGGAGUUUAACGCCCAGACGAAACCGAGUGAAAGAAAAGUGGGCUGCUACUCGUCCGAAGUACCCCCCUACCACCCUGGCCCUGCAACAUUUUGAUGCCACCUACAGCAUCCAGCUGGGGCAGCUCUGGCCAUCAGUCCGAGUUGCCUUGCUCUCUGAGAAAAAAUACGGAGCCCUGCUCAACAAUUUUUCCUAUGAUGAUGUUCUGGCAGACCUCCAAGCACAGGGAUCCAGAGACUUUAUCAGCGACACUGACACGCAAGCUCAGCCAUGCUUGGAGCACAAAUCUGCAGAUGGUGUGGAGGAGGAAUCCAGUGUUGAUGCUGUAAAGAAAUCUGACCUCAGUGGUCAGCAGCUCUCUCCCCUGCAGCUCAGUCUUAACAUCAAGUGUGCAGUGUUUCCAAGAGGGGAUAUCACCAGGUUCAAAUCUGCCAGACCAGACAUGUUCGGGUUAUUGAGUUAUUACUUGAUGGAUGCAGCGUCUGUGCUGCCUUGUCUCGCACUGGAUGUUCAAGAAGGUCACAGUGUGCUUGACCUCUGUGCUGCUCCAGGAGGCAAGACCCUGGCUUUACUUCAGACCCAGGCUAUCAGGUUUUUGUGUGCAAAUGAUGCCUCAGUGUCUCGGACAUUGCGACUCAGAAGGGUCCUCCACAGCUAUGUUCCUAAGGAGGUUUUGACCGCAGAGAAACUACGCAUUACCUCCUUUGAUGGCACCAAGUGGGGAGAAAUUGAAAGGAACACUUUUGACAGAGUCCUUGUUGACGUCCCUUGCACUGCAGACAGACAUUCUCUCAUGGAGGACGAUAACAAUAUAUUUAGUAAGAGCAGGACUGGAGAGAGACGGGGGCUGCCACAGGUGCAGCUGGAGCUGCUGUUGGCAGGUAUCGAAGCAGCGUGUCCAGGUGGGGAAAUCGUGUACUCAACCUGCACGCUCUCUCAAAUCCAGAACCUGAGGGUGGUGGAACAGGCCAUCUGCUUGGCUGGAGAGAACCACGGCAUCCGCCUGGAGGUUGUCAAUCUGCAGCCCCUCACACACAUGUUUAAGAAAACCUUUCACUUCGCUCCGGACCUAGAACUGGGUGAGAUGGUCAUCCCACAUUUAGCUGCUAACUUUGGGCCUAUCUACAUGUGCAAGCUAAAGAGGCUGACCUAGACUGGAAGUUUGCUUGUUACCAUUUGGAUUCUCUGCUGCCAGAAUAAUACUCACCCACGUUUGUAAACUCUACCUGAUAAUGAACUUGACUGCUGACAUUUUCUAACAUCAGAAUAAAUGAAGUUUCCAGUUGAUAAACCUGGACUUUGGUACCAUAGCUGUGGGCCCACUGGACAGCGCUGAACUGCAGGCUGUUAUGGAAAUUUCUGGACUCUUGGGAAUGCCAGACCUCAGUUUUGGAAUUAUUGAAGGGAGAUUCGAGACAGUUUGUUGGACACUUAAACCGGCUUUGCAUGUGUUUUACUUGCAGUUUAAUUUUUGCCCCCUAGGUGGCAAAAGUGGAUAAAAACUAAAGGUAUCCUGUAUGUUCUGUGCCCACUAGAGGACGUUAAGUAUGUGUCUGCAAAGGUUAGAGGAACUCCUGUAUGAACGUCCUCCUGCACUGUCUCAGAUGCAUAUUUCAGACUGGAGGGUCACAUUACUGAAGCACAAAUUUCCAUCAGAAUUACCUGUUCCCUUUAACUCUCCAAUGAGAAUGAGUUGUUCUGUGGUUAUUCAUCAGGUUUCAUGGCUUUGCCUAAUAAUGCGAUAUGUGGCUACAUUGAAGGAGGACAUAAUGAGCAGGCAGGUAAUGACUUGUGUGACCAUUUGGCUUCUCACAUCUGAAUCUGCACAACUUUCAUUAUUAUAGCUGGAUUGAGUCUGUUUUGCAUCGACAUCGCUCAGAGGUGAAACGUUUCCUCUUAUCACAACAUAAUGUGAGCAGAGAGGUGCCUCUUUUUCCAUCACACCGCCGAUGACCCUUUAUGUUGUCCUGGCCAAGCAAUGUAGCGUGAAAAAGGUGUGUGUGUGUGUGUGUGUCUAACGAGUCCACCAUCCUCAGCCCACAGUCAUUAAGCUGCUCCAAGUGCAGGAGCCGACUCCCAUCCCUGUGCAGGGAUGGACGGCAGCCAUGCGGCUCCCAGAUGAACAUUAAAGAGGCAGCAGAGGGCUAAAAUGGGACGACUCGCCCUGUUUUGCCCCUCUGCUUUUUUAUUCCACAGAUGACUGCAGAUAAUUUUCUGUGCGAUUGUGAGUGAUUACUGUAUUACUGCGUUAAAAGGGGGAUGUAUCAGGGAAUGCAGAGGGAAUUAAUGACACAUAAAAACUAUUUUUGUAUUGACUGCUUUCGUCUCCAGGGCCUUGAAUGCCUAUUCGUACAUCUUGUGAUUACCUAAACGUAUUGUAAAUAUGUGUUUCCUAUGGGCUCUUACAUAAAUUUACAUGUUUUAACACUCAGGAGACGGCAGACUGUUAGAGAUGUGUUACUCUCUAUUCUGCCUGUCUGUAGACUCGACUGGCUGCCCUCUUUAUUAUUGAAUUAGCCAAUGAAGCGCUGUGCAUUUGUGUCCCCUGUGUGUAAGCCUGUGUUAGAGAGACAUAUGUAGUGUAUUAGAAAGAUGAAUAUUAUGGAUUUAACUACACAACCAUGCUUCUGUUGUGUUUUCAAAUACAAGUUAAAUGUUGCAUUUUUGUUAGUAAAGAUGCAAAACACUGUAAUAGUCUUAUGUUUUUACCUUGCACCACACAAGCUACUGAGUGAGUGAACUUGUACCCAUUAGUAGUGAACGCCAUGUGUUAAAACAGCAGAAGGGAAAAAUGAACUAUGUCUUAUAAGAGCACAGCACUUGUUUAAAUGG